CCCGUCCACCUUCGUCGUCUACAAAUACCCGCCCGCUCUCUUCCUCCUCCCUCUUCCACUUCGUCUCGCCAAUCGCCAUUAUUCAGAGCUCCGCGGAGGCAAAAAUUUCGCCCCCCAAAUCCUUGCUGCCAGUGUCCUCUUUCCCUCCCCUCGCUUCCCCCCACGCUUCAGUUGCCUCUCCCGCGCGAAGCAUCACGCCCCCCAGCUGGAACCCACCGUGCCUGCAGGCUUAACCUUGAAGCUUCCGAUUACCUUUCCGCUCCUUGUCCAUUUGCGAAGGGAUAUAGCGUGUAGGGCCUGCGGGGAUGCGCCUGCACGCAGAGGUUCUGGACGAGAUGGAGGGGCAGGAAGAGGAGGGAGCUGUGGUGGCCUCGGCGGUGCUGUCGCCGCCGCUCAUCGGCGCGGCGGUGGCGGCUGCCACGGCGCCCAGGCUAGUGGUGGGCUACGCCCUCACGAAGAAGAAGGUGAAGAGCUUCCUCCAGCCCAAGCUACUCCUGCUGGCGAGGAAGAAUGGAAUCAGUUUUGUAUCUAUUGAUGAGUCUCUUCCCCUCUCAGAACAAGGACCUUUUGAUGUUAUUUUGCACAAGAUUACUAGCAAGGAGUGGCAGCAGGUUCUGGAGGACUACCAUGAAGAACAUCCAGAAGUUACUGUCCUCGACCCUCCAAAUGCAAUCGAGCAUCUGAACAAUCGGCAAUCAAUGCUUGAAGAAGUAGCUGAUUUGAACCUGUCGAACUUCUAUGGAGAAGUUUGUACCCCACGCCAGCUGGUCAUUACGAAAGAUCCAUCCUCUAUACCAACAGCUGUAGCAAUGGCUGGACUAACUUUGCCCUUGGUUGCCAAGCCAUUGGUUGUUGAUGGAACAUCUAAAGGUCACGAACUAUAUCUUGCCUAUGAUGAGGCCUCCUUGUCAAUGCUUGAUCCACCUCUGGUUCUACAGGAAUUCAUAAACCAUGGCGGCAUCCUCUUUAAGGUCUAUAUCAUUGGUGAAACAGUACAAGUUGUCCGUAGGUUCUCUCUUCCUGAUGUCAACACAUAUGACUUGCUAAACAACGUUGGCAUCUAUCGCUUGCCAAGAGUUUCAUGUGCCGCAGCUAGUGCGGAUGAUGCAGACCUUGACCCUCUUAUUGCAGCUUUCUCAUACAUGAUAGAGCUUCCUCCAAGACCACUUCUAGAGAAACUGGGGAGGGAGCUUCGUAGCCGGCUGGGUUUGAGAUUGUUCAACGUUGAUAUGAUUAGAGAACUUGGAACCAAAGAUCGGUACUACAUAAUUGACAUCAACUACUUCCCAGGUUUUGGGAAAAUGCCAGGAUAUGAGCACAUGUUCACCGACUUCUUGCUGAGUCUUGCUCAAAGCAAGUACAAAAGGUACUUAAGUGGGACCUGAAGCGCAGGGAAGUUUGCGAAGAGGCGUCACUGACAAAAUGGCAUGUAACGGUGGCAGCUGUGCUUCCCCACCGAUGUACAUAUCCUGGAGACAUAAGCAUAAGCCGGAGGCUCGAGGAAGUCGCAGUGUGUUUCUUCAAAAGUGGUGGCACAUGCUGGAUCCCGAGUAGGAAAUAACCAAGGAAAUGUUUGGAUGGCCUGUGCCCAUGUAGUAAAAAUGUUGUUUACUGAAUGCAUACCUUCUUCGUGAUGGCCUCCCUCCAUCAUAAUUUGGCGACCGGUUUUUUGGGCCAAGCUUCACCCAA